AUGUCGAUCGGCAAAGUGAGUGAAUUCAACGUCAAAACGGGAAACUGGACUUUAUAUGUUGAGAGACUAGAAAUGUACCUUAAAGUAAAUGCAGUGAAAAACGAAAUGUGGUUGCCGACAUUAAUCGCCGGUAUGGGAGACGAAGCGUACGAAUUAUUAAGUAAUUUAACAAGUCCGAUUAAACCGGGAGAUAAAUCGUAUCAAGAAGUGGUAAAAAUACUUCAGGAACAUCUUCAACCGAAACCCUCGUUCAUGGCGGAGCGAUAUCGUUUUCGACAAAGAAGACAGUUGAGCGGAGAAACGAUUCCGCAGUAUAUAACCGAACUUAAGAAAUUGUCGAAAUACUGCGAGUUUCAUUCAACUCUAGAGGACAAUUUAAGGGAUCAAUUGGUGUGUGGGCUAAGAAGUGAUGUCAUCCGUCAACGAUUAUUCGCAGAAGAUAAUCUGAAAUAUUCCGUAGCUGUGAGAAUAGCUUGCGCUUUAGAGGCGGCGGAGCGGGAUUCGGCCGCAGUGGAGCAGGCGGGUGACGGCGACGGGCUCGGCGGUAGCGGCGCGGACAGCGCCUUGCAUGCGGUGACGUCAUCGACAAGCCGCGCUCGAACGCGGGAGCAGGACAGCGCACCGAGGGCUUUUAAAGGUCGAGAACAUGGCGGCGGCAAUGCGCUAUAUUGUAGCGCGUGCGGGUCGAGGUACCACCGAAGUGAUGAUUGCCGCUAUAAGAAAUUCGUGUGUGGUAAAUGCAAACAGAGCGGUCAUCUACGCCGGGUAUGUCCCAAACGAGGGGGGUACACGGGGUAA